GCCGCACACACCUGCCAGUGUCCUGGAACGCGCAAGCACUGCCUACACCAGGUACAGUCUCGCAUCGCAGCCCGGAAAAGCUAAAGAAAAUCAAUACUAAUGAGAGCUCAUUAAACGAAGUCUUCAGCUGAAGUCUAAUGAGUGCGACGGCAGCAGGCGGAAAUUGAAUGUUGAGUGUAACCAAGCGGAUGCAGCAGGAAAUCACAUUAACUGUGCCACCAGCAGCAGCAGCAGCAGCAGCAGCAGUUGUCGCAUCCUUUUGUCAUUAUCCUUACCUGCGGCUGUGAGAGGUAUAAGGGAAGAGAGAGCGACACAAAAACGGAAGUCUUAGCCGUAAUGCCUUGCGCCUGAGUGGCUGCCUAGCAUGGGCUGUUCCAGUACCAAAUCCGCUGCAACCUUAGACGACAUUAAAGCACAGCCCGUGUCAGCCGGGUCGCACAGAAUGGCCAGCCAAAAGGCAUAUCCUGCCUCGGAGGCCUUUACCAUACCGCUGGACAGCGAAGCGCAGCCGGAACUGCCUCUAAACGAGACCUUGAGACAGCCACCAAAGCGCAUACAGCAGAUAAUGCAGGAGGCGGCCCACACGGAGCCGCCCACUCUCGAGGAGCUGCACGACAAGCAGCAGCGGGCGGAGCAGCGACGCCAGGAGUUGCUGCAGCAGAAGCUGGAGACGAUCCAAAAGAAUACACAAAUGUUGCUGCGAGGACACGGAGGCGAAGGAGAGGGUCAAACAGAGGUUCAACCGGAGGAGAGGGAAUAAUAUUUGCCAGCCAGC